CUCUUUAUGGGGUGGCCUUGUUCUAUGGGGAGGUGAUCACUCUGUGGACUAUGACAACAGGGUAUGUGGAUGGAGGAGGUCUUGGAAAACACCGCUAUGCCAGGUGGAAUCGCGAGGACAGCAGCGAGGACUAUGGGCGCGUGGAGAGCUACGGAGGAGACGAAGAGGGCAGGCAGCACAGGCUGACCCCAUUCGAGAAACUAACCCAGGAUAUGUCCCAGAAUGAAAAGGUGGUGAAGGAAUUAACCCUAGGGAAGAGGAUCGGAUUUUAUCGAGUCAGAGGAGAAAUAGGGAGUGGGAACUUCUCGCAAGUGAAGCUUGGAAUUCAUUCCCUAACCAAAGAGAAAGUAGCGAUUAAGAUUUUGGACAAGACAAAGCUAGACAAGAAGACUCAGCGCUUGCUCUCACGUGAGAUAUCCAGCAUGGAGAAACUGCACCACCCCAACAUCAUCAGGCUCUACGAAGUGGUGGAGACGCUCUCCAAGCUGCACCUGGUGAUGGAGUACGCGGGAGGUGGGGAGCUCUUCACUAAAAUCAGCACCGAGGGGAAGCUGCUGGAAACAGAGUGCAAACUGAUCUUCUCCCAGAUCGUGGCUGCUGUGAAGCACAUGCACGAGAACAACAUCAUUCACCGGGACCUGAAGGCAGAGAAUGUCUUCUACACCAGCAACACCUGCGUUAAAGUGGGAGACUUUGGCUUCAGCACAAUCAGUACAAGAGAUGAAACGUUAAACACCUUCUGUGGCUCCCCGCCUUACGCCGCCCCCGAGCUCUUCCGCGAUGAGAGCUAUGUUGGCGUCUACGUGGACAUCUGGGCCCUGGGCAUCCUGCUGUACUUCAUGACGACGGGUGUCAUGCCAUUUCGGGCGGAUACAGUGGCCAAACUGAAGAAGUGCAUUCUCGACGGGACGUACAGUGUGCCCCCGUGCCUCUCGGCAGCCUGCCAGAAGCUGAUAAGAGGAGUGCUCCAGCCCGUGCCAAGCGAGCGCUACUCCGUCAAGCUCAUUAUGAGCAGCGAGUGGAUGCAAGGGAUAUGGUACCCCCAGCCCUUAGAACCGUUCCCACUGGAUCCAAAGUAUUUAUCGGAGAUCAGCACCCUCAAAGAUGAAGAAAAUGAAGUGAAAAGUAUUCUGCAAGAUCUGGGGGUCACAGACGAACACAUUCAGAACAACCGGGGCAAGGACGCACGCAGCUCCAUAACGGGCAUCUACAGGAUCGUUCUGCACCGUGUGCAGAGGAAGAGGGCGCUGGAAUGUGUUCCGAUCAUGUCCAGCCCUGACCCCCAGGAGCAGGACAUUCAGAAAGACAACAACUCUUACACAGGGCUAAAACACACAUCCAAGCUGUGCUCUAUUUUAUAAAUUACACUGAAGGCUUCACCCUUGGUACACUUAAAAAGGAUUUUCUUCAUUU